AUGCUCCGUUAUCCCCUUCCAUCCAUAAACCUUCCGAUGUCCUUUCAAACUUUCCCGAUGUCUUCAUCAUCAGAUGUGAUCCCUGGAAGCCAGGCGACGUCUUCUGGAUGGCUCGCCACAAUGGGAACAGCAGCAGGAUGGGCGUGGGACGGCCUGAAAGUCACUGGAAGUGUUAUCAACGAUAUAGGACAGAAUACGACAAGAAAUACAGUAUGCUCAACGGCUACUGUAGCCGGAGGUGUGCUCGGAGGUUGGAGUGGAGCAGCAAUUGGCGGUGCAGUAGGUUCUCUGAUCAUGCCCGGUAUCGGGACGGCUGUGGGCUCGUUUUUGGGCGGAGCCUCGGCUGGAUUGGUGGCUGGAAAAGCGGCGAUAGUGGUGACGGAUCGAGUGUUGGAUGACAUCAACUAUGAUAUUGAGACUAUCAGCUGUGAGACAUGUGGGCGGGGCUUCAGAUGCAAGAUCUAUAAAGAAGGCAGGGAGACAAAAUGUUUUAGGUGUAAAUGA